AUGUUCAGCAUCCUUUCACUUGCGUUAUUAUGUGCUUCUGCAUAUGGUUUUAACGGUCGACGCAGGGAGGUGCGAGCAGCCCGACAUGAAGAAGUAAAAGAUAUUCAACUUACACCUAAACUGUAUGAACGAUGGGGCGAAUUCAAAAAGGCCUAUGGUAAGACUCCCUUCGUAAAUGCAAUGGAUGGAAAAAGCUACGAAGAAAGCGAAGAAAGUGUCCGCUUGGAGGCGUUUGCUAGAAAUCUCAAACACAUUGAAAGCCAUAAUAGAGAAUAUAAACAGGGCAGAAAGAGUUUCGAAUUGGGAUUGAAUCACCUUGCUGAUUUCACGGAUGCACACUAUCGUAGGCUCAAUGGAUUUCGUCGUCCCCGAGAACUAGGCUAUUAUCAAUGGGACAACAGCAGCAAGUGGCUUCCUCCUUACAAUGUUGAAUUACCUGUCUCCCUUGAUUGGCGUCGUGAAGGUCUUGUUACUGAGGUUAAAAAUCAGGAAGAUUGUGGAUCUUGCUGGGCUUUCUCCGCAACCGGGGCUCUUGAGGGACAACAUGCUCGCCUUACUAGAAAAUUGGUCUCCCUCUCCGAACAAAAUAUCCUGGACUGUUCCUUUGCAUUUGGAACCCAUGGCUGUAACGGAGGUUUCAUGGAUCUCGCCUUCGAAUACAUCAAAGAAAAUCAUGGUGUCGAUACAGAGCAAAGUUAUCCUUAUGUUGCCGAUAUAACAAAAUGUCAUUUUUCCACAAGGAACAUUGGCGCGAAUGUCACAGGCUUCGUAGAUCUUCCCACAGGAGAUGAAAAGCAACUGCAGAUUGCCGUUGCAACUCAGGGCCCUAUCUCAGUCGCUAUUGACGCUAGGGAACUUGGCUUCCAGUUUUACAAAAAGGGUGUCUACAUCGAUGAUCAAUGCACAUCCUCUGUCGAUGAACUGAAUCACGCUGUUCUCCUUGUUGGAUACGGUACUGAUCCAAAACAAGGAGAUUACUGGCUGGUUAAAAACAGCUGGGGUACGGACUGGGGAGAGGAAGGUUACAUACGCAUGGCUCGAAAUCGCCAUAAUCAAUGUGGAAUCGCGUCGUUGGCCAGUUUUCCGCUUGUUUGA